AUGCAAUCGACAUCUGCGAGCGGCAAAUUAUCAGAAGAAGUUGUUCACGAAGAUGGCGAACCACCAUUGGAAACACCAAGUUACAAAAUACCCCUCCCACGACCCUCCGCAAAAGUCGCCGCCCUCCACGCUCGUCUUUCUCUCCCCGCCAGACUACCCCUCCAAACCCUCAUGCGAACCCUCAUUACCCCCUCCGCAGACUCAAACCUCGCUUUCAACAACACAGGUCUGUCGCGUAUCGGAGCCGAUCUAUUAAAUUACCACGUCUCCGAAUAUCUCAUCUGUACCUAUCCUCGAUUGCCCAUGGCCGUCUUCUACGCGGCUAUACUCGCAUACACGGGCCCCGACACUUUACAUCUCGUAGGACGAGAUUGGGGUGUUCAACCUGCUUAUGCUCCUGGAGAGGAAGUCGAUGUAGGAUUGCUUCAAUACACGCACUUAGAUCCGAACGCAGAGCCCGGUUCAUUGGGUAAAACAACCAGAAAAGAUGCACCAUAUUACAGAAGAGGUAUUUCCAGCAGAGUAGUCUACGACGAUGAAUUUGGAGAUACAGUCAGGAAAUCAAAUCGAGUCACCGAUCCCCAACCAAUGAACAACGCAUACGCCUCCUUCGUCAAAGCUCUGAUUGGCGCCAUCUACCUCCACGGUAGUCACGCCGCCGCCAAAACUUUCAUCCAACAACACAUCCUCGCCCGCCACCUCGACAUCUCCACCCUUUUCCAAUUCUCGCAACCAGCACGAGAUUUAGCCCGCUUGUGCGCACGAGAGGAUUUUGAAGCCCCAGUCGCCAGAAUAUUAAGUGAGACGGGUAGACUCAGCAGGAGUCCAGUAUUCGUGGUGGGUAUCUUUAGCGGUCGAGAUAAGCUAGGAGAGGCACCGGGUGCGAGUUUAGACGAGGCGAGAAUCAGAGCUAGUGUCGCGGGUUUGAAGGCCUGGUAUCUGUAUAGUCCGGGACCAAUGACUUUGCCGAGUGAUAUGGAAGUUGGUGGGAAAGAGGAGACGAAGAAGGUGUGGGAGCCGGUGCAUGUGGAUAUUGGCGAGAUUGUUGCUUAA